UUCUUUUGGACUAAACAUUGAAGAGAAGAACAAGAUGAAAAGGAUGAUAUGAUGCUGAAGACGACAUCAACUGCGAACUGAACAAAAGUUGUCGUUUAGGGUUUAAUGCAUUGCAUCUCCACCAUUUUUGAACAUGGCAGUACCAUCGGAUAAGGAUCACACACCGAAAUCCGACUCCAUUAACGCUUGUUGUGACCAGUGGAGAAACAAAUACUUGAAGGCUCAAGAAUCACGUAAUGCUCUUCGCCAAGCUGUCAAGUUUCUUGAAUGCAAAAUCAAUGAAAUUCAGGCUUAUAACAAUAAAGUAUGUGCUGACAAAAUUGAAACUGGGGUAAAAGUGGAAGAAUGUUAUGCUGUGGAGAAGAAUGAACUCUGUAGCUUAAAGUCUCGGAGAGGAUGUGACGGGGGUACUCUGAAUUGGGACGAGAAUGAGAAGGUAUUAGCGUUUCAAGCUUGUAUAGCUGAGAAGGACAAGGAAAUUUGUAGAUUAAAGGAGCUUUUGGAGAUUGAAAAGAGAAGAGCUGAUUCUAAGAGGAAGAGAGUUGCCGAAACUUUGAAGUUACUGGAACAAGAAAAGAAUAGGGGGGCACAAAUUGCGAGAAUUAAAAUGGAGAAUGCAGAGGGGUAUAGGGUUCAUAUUGGUCAAUUGGAGAAACAAGUUAGUGAAGCAAAACAGAAAUCGAAAUCUGAGAUGUCUGCAUUUAAAAAGGUGAUCCGAAGGUUUGAUUGUAAAAAGCGCAAGAUAUUGGCAGAGAAAAGAAGAGCCGAGUUAGAGAUGGCAAAAGCGAACGAAAAUUUGGAGGAGAUUGAAAAACACAAAGCCGUUGAGUUGGUUAAACUAAAGGAGCAAAAGGCACUUGCAGAAGAUAACUGGAACAAGUUCACAGCUGAGAAAUGUCGCGCUGAUAAGAUGUCUCAGCAGCUAGAAGAAGAUAAGAGGACAAUUGAGGAUUUGAAGCGGAAGAUACAUGAGCUCUCAUCCCUAAGAGAACACAUUGAAAUGGCCUCUGAGAUCAGUGCCGAAGCUCAAAGUAGUCGAUGCUCUGAAGUGAAACAUUUGAAAAGCAAUCCGAUGGUUGAAAAGUUACGAGCAAAGCAUACCAAGCAAAAAUAUAAGUUAGAAGCAAGUCAUUACAGUAUUUUACGACACGAAUUAGGUCGUCUAAAGGUUUGUUUUGUUCAGUUUCUACAUCGCUUUGAUGUACUGGACGCAUCCUUUUUGCCUGUUUCUGGAAGUAUACAGGACCAAACAAAGAAGUUUUUCGUCAUGGAUACUUUUGGUUUGAUGGUGAUUGUUUUGAAGUCUCUAAUUAUGUCACCCGAGGGUGAGAGCCUAUCUGAUGUUACUGCUUCUUGUCUCCCUUCAACGAACCCACGGCAUACUGAAUUUUGUACAAAUGUUAGUUGCCCCUUCUUAGAAAGGGAUGAAUCCAUUGACGGCAUUGCAAAUUUGCUCUUAGAAGAGAUAAAUAACUGUUGGUUUCAAGGGAUAAAACAAGUUGAUUUGUCAGAUUCUGGAUUGAUGCCAGGCAAUGGUAAUGUUAGACAAUGGUCUAAAGGGGAAGGAGAUCAAUGUGCCACUAACAAGAAUAAUGAUGUUUCCAGUUGUUUGAGAAAUUGUUCGGUUUCUGAUACUCGACCACAUGCUCUUAAGAAUGCCAUCCUCUGCCGCCUUAGUGAUAUUGCAUCAUUGGUGGAACUGGUAGCAAACAAAAUGAGCUGGCACUGGACUGAUAUCAAACUUGUUCCUCAGCUGCUCAACAUGCUUGACACAUGUGUAGAGGAGAAAAUUGUCAUUGUUAUCAUUGUACUUCUCGGUCAACUUGGGAGGAUUGGAAUUGAUAAUGGUGGAUAUGAAGAUCGAGGAGUUGAAAACCUGAGAUGUAAUUUGUUUGCUUAUUUAUGCCGCUUCUCUUCCACAAAAGCAACCCUUUCUGUUCAAAUUGCUACUGUCAAUAUUCUCUUUGGCCUUCUUCCUACUGGUCUUGAAACCCUUUUCCUUACUAACAUCAGUCCUUCAGCAUAUUCUAAGACUGUUUCAGACAAUGUUGAAACUUUGAGGAAGUGGUUCUUUGGACUGGGUCAAGAAGAUCAACAAGUAUUGCUAUCUGGUAUUUUGAAACACACCAAUGUAUAUAAUAAGUCAAAUUUGUCUUUACUUUCACAUUUACAUAGGUUUUCCGAGCCGAUGAUUCAUUGACAUAACCCUUAGAAUUUUUUUGGUCGUUCGACCUGUUACUUAGAAAUUAAUUGGAGCUGAGAGUCUACAAUUUGGCUUACAUCUUGCUUUUGUGCUUCUAUAAUUUGCACAUAACUGAUUUUUUCAUUCUUUUUUAUUGUAAACUUGUAAAAACAAUUUUAUUAUAUUAAUUGUCCAACUUGUUUGGUCCAUGAAUAUUUUAUAUGCUCAACUUAAAUGAGAUUCGCCCUAAACCAACUUAUCUACUUGUUUGUUUGUAUGAUAAGAACAACCAAAAUGUCCCAAGUGGUAAAACUUGACAAGUACGGAAGUACAUAAUCCAUAUCAGAAUUUAGGGCAUAAGAAUAUCCAUGCCAAUGUUGGGAAAUACUUAACACACUCUAUGAAUUGCUAUCACAUCCUCUUGAAAAAUCAAGAAUACUCGGAAUUUAGAAAUGCAUCUCCGGUCGCACUCAAAAGACAUAU